CUCUAUAAAAGGGCCAUGAGGUGGCCGGGCUUCUAUUGUUAUAGAGCCACAGGCCACAGCCACCGCAAGGAGGAGAGGAAGCUUUCAGAUAAGAUGGCGUUGCUUCUUCCUCUUCUUGCUCUCUCGCUGCUCUUUGCAGUGGGCACUCCUAUCAGAGAUAUCACCGAUGCUUGCUCGUCAGAAGUAAAGGAUUUCCAGCACCUGAACAGCACCGGGCUCCACCUCGAGCUGCACCACCCGCAGAGCCCCUGCUCGCCGGCGCCGCUGCUGGCCGACCUCCCCUUCUCCGCCGUGCUCACCCACGACGACGCGCGCAUCGCGUCGCUCGCCGCGCGCCUCGCCAAGAAGCCGUCCGCUCGGCCCACCUCGCUCGAUGAGAACCGCGCGGCCGCCGCUGACGAGUCCUUGGCGUCCGUGCCGCUCAACCCGGGCACGUCGUUGGGCGUGGGCAACUACGUCACCCGCAUGGGCCUCGGCACGCCGGCCAAGUCGUACGCCAUGGUCGUGGACACGGGCUCCUCGCUCACCUGGCUCCAGUGCUCCCCCUGCGUCGUGUCCUGCCACCGCCAGGCGGGGCCGGUGUUCAACCCCAAGGCGUCGAGGUCCUACGCCUCCGUGCCGUGUUCCUCAUCGCAGUGCAGCGACCUGACCUCCGCCACGCUCAACCCCGCCGCCUGCUCCUCCUCCAACGUCUGCAUCUACCAGGCCAGCUACGGCGACAGCUCCUUCUCCGUCGGGUAUCUGAGCAAGGACACCGUGUCGUUCGGCUCGAGCAGCAUGCCCAACUUCUACUACGGCUGCGGGCAAGACAACGAGGGGCUCUUCGGUCGCUCGGCCGGGCUCAUCGGCCUGGCGCGUAACAAGCUGUCACUGCUCUACCAGCUCGCGCCGAGCUUGGGUUACUCGUUCUCUUACUGCCUCCCAACGUCCUCGUCCUCCGGGUACUUGUCCAUCGGCUCGUACAACCCGGGGCAGUACUCGUACACACCCAUGGUGUCCAGCUCGCUCGACGACUCGCUCUACUUCAUCAAGCUGACCGGGAUAACGGUCGCCGGGAAGUCGCUGUCCGUGUCAUCGUCUGCUUACUCAAGCUUGCCGACGAUCAUCGACUCUGGCACGGUGAUCACGCGCCUGCCCACGGGCGUGUACUCUGCGCUGAGCAAGGCGGUGGCUGGGGCCAUGAAGGGAGCGCGGCGCGCGUCGUCGUUCUCCAUCCUCGACACGUGUUUCCAGGGCCAGGCCUCGCAGCUGCGCGUGCCAGCGGUCAACAUGGCCUUCGCCGGCGGCGCGGUGUUGAAGUUGGCGGCGCGGAACCUGCUCGUGGACGUGGACAGCGCCACGACGUGCCUGGCUUUCGCGCCCGCCAGGAGCGCGGCCAUCAUCGGGAACACGCAGCAGCAGACGUUCAGCGUCGUCUACGACGUCAAGAACAGCAAGAUCGGGUUCGCAGCCGGCGGCUGCCGCUGAGAAGCUACACGCAUGCGCGGACUUGGGUAACUAAACGGGCAACGCAUUCGCUUUCUGAAAUCUAAACUCUUCAUUUUGACCAUGCAAGCUCCGUACAGUAGAUGCAUGUGGAUGACAUGUAAGAAAUAUACAACGGAGCUGAUUAAAAAGUGUUGCUCAAGCACCUAGCUCGGUGUGUGCACGUAUUAUUACCUCGUUGUGACACAAAAAUACACCCAAAACACAUAGGAGUAAAGCUAGCUAUUUAUAUUGUUCAGGCCAAUUAUGUGAAAGUGAAAAAUGCAUGACACUCUAAAGAAGAUUACAAUUCACAUAGCCAGGAUAUAGCAUGCAGCUGCUCAUGUAAUUCUUAAUUUGGCAAGUACUGGUAAAAAAAUAUUUACUUCGUGCAGUGUAGGUAAAUUAAAUUAAGGGCUGUGUGUGUGCGCGCGUGUUUCAGAGUUUGCUCCUUAGAACUUCCAAGGGUUCCUCCCUUUUAUACAGUGAAAAUAUUGUAACCGCAAUAUAUGAUGUAUGCAUAUGUACUUAUUUGAGCAACAGAUAUUUAUUUA